GGCUACGAAACCCUCACCCGUCCAGAUGAGGAUACCUGAGUGGCUGAGUCAUCCACCGGCUCCUCCGCCUUGUUGGACUCCUCUCCCUUUCCAGGUCACGUUUAAGCCAAAGUCGCCGCCGCCGCCGCCGCCGCCGCCCCCUAAACCCUGUGCGCCCCCCGAGUCCGCUGACGAGCGAGCCCCGGAGCUCACCCCGACGACCAUGGCCUCUUCCAUCCUCUCCUCCUCCGCUAAACCCUGCUACUCCGCCACAAAAACCCCCACCCCCAUCGCCAACCGCUUGCCACCCCCACCCCCAUCCCCAACCACAACCCUCCCCUCCCGCGCCGCCGCGUCCCGCUUCGCCCAUGGCCUCUACGCCGCCGCCGUCAGAGCGAGCCCCGGCGCGCGCCGCCUCCGCGCGCUGGCCCGCCCCGUCCGGGCGUCUCAGCAGCACCACCAGCAGCAGCCGCGGCGGCGGCCCGAGUACGUCCCCAACCGCAUCGACGACCCCAACUACGUCCGCAUCUUCGACACCACGCUCCGCGACGGCGAGCAGUCCCCCGGCGCCACCAUGACCAGCGCCGAGAAGCUCGUCGUGGCCCGCCAGCUCGCCCGCCUCGGCGUCGACAUCAUCGAGGCCGGCUUCCCGGCCUCCUCCCCCGACGACCUCGACGCCGUGCGCUCCAUCGCCAUCGAGGUCGGGAACGCGCCCGUCGGGGAGGACGGCCACGUGCCCGUCAUCUGCGGCCUCUCGCGCUGCAAUAAGAAGGACAUCGACGCCGCGUGGGAGGCCGUCAGGCACGCGCGCCGGCCGAGGAUACACACCUUCAUCGCCACCAGCGAGAUCCACAUGCAGCACAAGCUCAGGAAGACGCCCGAGCAGGUGGUGGCCAUUGCCAGGGAGAUGGUGGCGUACGCCCGCAGCCUGGGAUGCUCUGAUGUCGAAUUCAGCCCUGAGGAUGCUGGAAGGUCAAAUAGAGAGUUUCUGUAUCAUAUAUUAGGGGAGGUCAUAAAAGCUGGAGCUACAACUCUGAAUAUCCCGGACACUGUUGGAUACAACCUUCCAUAUGAAUUUGGGAACUUAAUUGCUGACAUAAAGGCAAACACUCCUGGAAUUGAAAAUGCUAUCAUUUCCACCCAUUGCCAGAAUGACCUUGGUCUUGCAACCGCCAACACAUUAGCGGGUGCUCGUGCAGGAGCACGUCAGUUAGAGGUGACUAUUAAUGGUAUUGGUGAAAGAGCCGGAAAUGCUUCUUUGGAGGAGGUUGUCAUGGCAAUUAAAUGUCGUCCGGAACUCUUAGAUGGUCUAUAUACUGGAAUCAAUUCCCAACAUAUUACUUUGACAAGCAAAAUGGUACAAGAGCACAGUGGACUUCACGUACAACCACACAAAGCUAUUGUUGGUGCCAAUGCCUUUGCUCAUGAAAGUGGAAUUCAUCAGGAUGGGAUGCUUAAAUAUAAAGGAACUUAUGAAAUAAUAUCACCUGACGAUAUUGGUUUAACACGUGCAAAUGAAUUUGGUAUUGUUCUGGGGAAACUCAGUGGAAGGCAUGCUGUGAGAUCUAAGCUAGUGGAGCUUGGAUAUGAAAUCAGUGAUAAGGAAUUCGAGGACUUCUUUAAACGCUACAAAGAGGUUGCAGAGAAGAAAAAGCGUGUAACUGAUGAGGACAUAGAAGCAUUAUUGUCAGAUGAGAUAUUCCAGCCUAAAGUUAUUUGGUCCCUUGCUGAUGUACAGGCAACAUGUGGAACACUUGGUUUGUCUACAGCAACUGUGAAACUGAUAGGACCAGAUGGCGAGGAGAAAAUAGCAUGUUCUGUUGGAACAGGUCCGGUCGAUGCAGCUUAUAAAGCUGUUGACCAAAUUAUCCAGAUUCCAACUGUUCUCCGAGAAUAUGGUAUGACCUCAGUCACAGAAGGCAUUGACGCAAUCGCAACAACUCGAGUGGUUGUCACUGGAGACGUGAGCAACAACUCCAAGCAUGCCUUGACUGGUCACUCUUUCAAUCGCUCCUUCAGUGGGAGUGGGGCAUCAAUGGACGUUGUUGUGUCCAGCGUCAGAGCUUACCUGAGUGCCCUGAACAAGAUGUGCAGUUUUGCUGGCGCGGUAAAAGCUACAGCAGUAUCUGAGAGCACACGUGUUCAAAGCAAAGAGUGAGACCAUCGUCAUCUGAUCCUCAUAUGGGCUGAGCAAUGUAAGAGCUCUUGAACAACUGUUCAGAGCGACAUUCCGUUUCAGUAAUAGGCUGGUUAAUAUUGGGGUUCCCCCUUGGUCAGUGUGAAGAUCGUGCGCUCUUUCUGGAGGAUGUCCGCUUAGAACAGGCAUGAAGUUUUUGGCCUGUGCAGUGUACAACUUGUAUGUUAUAGACCAUACUUUCAAUAAGGAAAUAAUAAGUGUAGGGUCUGUGAAGCCACCCAUUGAAUGAUUUCACAACCCCAAAUCUGUCCUCUUUUCUGGUGAUUGGGAAUAAAUGGACCGGCGGAUUACCCUUUUUUUC